AUGGAUACGCAGAGAAGUUCAACUUCUAGUAAUAAGUCGCCCAAUUCAUCGGCAUCCACUCCACAAUCAGCUAGCGGUUUAGCAUCAGGGGCUACUCAGCCGAUACCGAAGAAGUCACAGCAGAUUAAAACUGAUAAACCGAGACCGCAUAUUUGUUCAAUAUGUACGAGGGCGUUUGCGAGAUUGGAACACUUGAAACGACACGAGAGGUCACAUACGAACGAGAAACCGUUCCAAUGUGCUGUUUGUGGACGGUGUUUUGCCAGAAGAGACUUGGUGUUGAGACAUCAACAGAAAUUGCAUGGCAGUUUGCCUAAUAUCAUGCGCCGGGGUUCAUCGAAGGACAUGGACAUCAACGAACACGUUAUUGUGUUGACCAACAAUACGGAUGCAAAUGCACCGCUUCCAGCUUCUUUGAACCUGGACGGAUCGUUGGCUUUAUCCAACGGUAUAAAUUCGUUGUCUCCGGGGCAGUCGCAGCUUUUUUCACCACCCAAAAGUAACGAAUAUGGGGGACCAAAUAAUGCGAAUAACGUUAACAUGAGCAGCGCUAAUAAUAAUGCGAACCAGAGCAGCCAGCAUCAACAGGGACAGCUUCGGACUUCAUUAUUUAACCACCUUAAUUCAUACACCUUGAAGUCGCAAAUGGGUAAUAACCAGUACCCGGGUGCCACUAACAAUGGAACGGUUAUACCAUCGCCGAUUCCGACAAACUCGAAUCACAACACCCCUCCUAAUUUGGCCCACCAGAAUACGAACACUUCGCUUCCAAAUGUUACCCAACAGCCAUCACCUCAAGCUGGUGAUUCUCCUAACAAGCAUACGAAGCAAUAUAGUAAUAUUCCUCCUCAUUUACGCCAACAACAAUCCCAAUAUCGCCAUGCGUCAUUCUCGGCAUCUUCAGCAACAUCAUAUACUAAUGUGAAGGAUUCUCUUGAUAUUCUGCAAAAUAACACUAUUGCUGAAGCACCAGAGCAGGUAGAGUUUGCGACUCCUCAGUUAUCGGCAAUGGACAUGCAUUCGAAGCGUUUAAUAUCUGAGUUGGAUUUACAUUCAUUGGGUCUUGAUAUUGACAAUAUAGACAGUCUUGAUUUAGGACAUAAUACGCAUCAUCCAGCUUUUAAUCAAUUGCCUCAUAGUUCAACUCAUGCUUCAAAACCAAUUCCAAAGGACUCAUCUUAUGCGGAGCAGGAGCUUAUCGCUGCCCAUCAGUUUCAAAAUCCAAACCAUCCGCAUCAUAUUAAAGGUACAACUCCUAUAGAUCCUGAUAUGUAUGCACCAAAUGAUGCUAAUAUGAUGCAACAUAUGCUACAGAUGAAUGGUAUUAAUAGCGAAGCAAGUUUUGAGAAUUUGCCAAGUUUACCUAAAUAUGGUGCUCGUGCUGGAUUUGCUUUGAAUAGUGCAGUAAUACAGGAAAAACAAAAGAGGAAGAGCAAUUCUACAACGAAUUCAACAGAUCGUAAAAGAUUGAAGACGGAUAUCAGUAUUCAAUCUGGAGACGAUUGGUUAGAGGAUAUGAUUAACGCUCCAUUUGCAUCAACAUUUUUUCCGGCGUCGUACCAUGCUGGAUUUGAAGAUUCUGUUGACUUUGUGCCCGGCCAGAUUGAUGAUAUCUCUUCAUUAUUUAGAGCAAGACAAGUUGACUUACAACAAAUUAAUCCUUCAAAUUAUAAAAUUAAAGACGAAAAUGAAUCUGAUAUCAACGUUGCCUUUAGUAUAAAUGAUUCACAUUCUAAUUUUAUAACCGAGGAAUUGCGUAAUCGCAUCAUUUUAGUCAGUAACUUAUCAAAUUUACAAUUUCCUUCAUUAGAAGAGCUAAACUCAUAUAUGAAAUUAUAUGAGAAAGAAUUCAAUAAGUUCUUUCCAUUCAUUCAUUUACCUUCUUUAAAAAACCCAAUGGUUGAUUGUUUUGAGAACAUUCCAUUAUUGCUUGCAAUGGGAACUAUAGGUGCGUUAUAUUCUUAUCACGACAAUAAUUCUUUGCUUUUAUUUAAUUUAUCUAAAUCGCAGAUUCAACAAUUUUUUGAAAAAGAGGUUACAACGAAGCAUUUAGAACUCAGGAAGAUACCACUAAUUGUCCAUCAAUGCUUAAUAUUACACAUUUUCAUUGCAAUGUUUUUAAAUGAGCCUGACAUGGUUGAUAUUACAUCGAAGCAAAUGAAAUCCAUGGUGGGAUUAAUUAAGUCAACAGACUUCAAUAAACCGUUGGAAAGAUUCUUGGUUCCGCCAUCGCAAUUUGAUAAGAAGGACCCAGGCAGUAUUCAAAGCAAUUUCGAUUAUUUCAUAAUGGCUCAAUCGCGGGUGCGUACCCUUAAUUGCUUUUAUAUGCUUGAAGUGUUCAGAACCUCGCUAAUUAGGGUACCAAUCCAGUUUUCUGCAUUAAAUGUUAGCUGCGGUACUCAUUGUUUGAAUGAAAAUUUAUGGAGAAGUAAUGAUUCAAGUCAAUGGGUAAACCAAUUAACAAAUAACACUCAACCAUUGAUUGAUUUGAGUAAUGGGGAAUCGUUACAAUCAAUGAUCGGUGAUUUGAACAAUCACUAUCAUGAUACUAAAAUAUCUUUCUACGGCUUGUUAUCAUUAUUAAUGUAUAUCCAUGAGCAAAUUCAUACAGAGGUAUUGAAGUAUAAACAAUUCAAUUCUACUUUAUGGAGAUUAAACUCCAGACCACGUUUAGAAUCCCUAAUUAAGUCCUGGGAGUCAAUUUUUAUUAAGAACGGAGGGAUUUUAGUUGUUAAUGGCCACAAUAAUCACUUGCUAAAUGCAAAUAAUGAAUUCAAGAUUAUUUUGCCUCUUUAUUCGCUUGCGAAAAUAAACAUAUGUAUGAAUAUAACCCCGAUAAUGGAAAGGGUAUUGUAUAAAGAUUGGAAUGGUAUGAACCAAGCUAUAUUGUCAUUAGAUGACGAUAAGGAAGCAUUGAAAGAAUGUGUCUUGUACUCGACCGAAAUUUUGUCGUUAUGGACGCACAAUGUUUCGAUAGUUGAUGAUUCAAAGCGGACAUCUUUAAGAACACCAGUUUUCUUUGUUACGUGCGUAUUUGCUUCAGUCAUGAUUAUAUCCCACUAUUUGUAUUCUAUGGAAGAAACAAAAGCUCAAGGUUUAAGUCCAUCUAAAAAGAGUCUCUGGAUGAAGUGCGAAACCUUAUUACAAGCGGCUGAAAAGGUGUUACCACCUAUAGGUGACACCAAGAACUAUUCAGAGUUUCUUAAAAACCAAUUUGCUGGAGUGUCACUGUCGGAUAUUAAUACUACAAAGAAAUUGAUAUCUUCAAAUUCAAAUGAAGGUACAAUUAUUGCAUCCAUUAAGAAGUCCAAAUUAUCCGUUAAAUGCUUAUAUUUGGGUUUACAUAUGUUGGCAGAUACGUCAAUAUGGCCCUUGGCAAUAGGAUUCGCGGAAGCGCUUAAGAAUAGAGCGACAUAUAUCACAAAUCGUAAAUAG